AGCACUGGGACUUCAUACUUAUGAAGCACUUCAACCUUACGGGAUCAUCAUGAAGUUUGCCAUUUUUCUGCUCAUUUUUGCCUGGAUUUAURAAGGGGUGUCGAGUAAGGCUUUGAACAKAACUUCCACUACGGUUGCUGCAGUAAAAAAUGAAUCAGCGUCGUCUACUUUAAGUCCUGUUGCCCCCACUCAAAAAMAUGUAGUAAAUCAUGCACCAUCAAGUGACAGUUUUUUUGGAAGAAACUCGUCAAUACCAGUCAUCGCUCUGUCUWGUAUCGUAUUAGUUCUGGUGUUUGUCGUCAUUGUGUUGUCGGUGAUCAUCGUCAUCAAUCGUAAAAGAUUAUAUCGACUUAAUAACCAAGCACCCCAAGCAACACCACCGCCUACAGAAAUUCAACAAAUUCCACCAACAAGCAACAAUCAAAUGAUCUGUGAGGAUAUCAACCAAAAUCCAACARUUGAGCCGGUUACGCUUGGCGUUUUUUCMUUACCUGAUGAAGGAAACWCACGUAACGCGAGUCUUAAAUACGACCAGCCAUACGCCCAUCAAAAACCUCUCACUGAUAUGAUAAAGAACAUUAUGACCAAGACCAAGGAGCCAACAAGCCACACUUCACGACAAAGCGAGUUUUAUUUGCAGCCGCAUGAGCUGAAUAGCAGCACUUURACCGAUUCGGGAAACUCGGMAAAUGAUGAWUURUCGAGCRGUAACRGUUGUGAGUACCAAGUUCCUCGUAAUGCGAAGAAAAGGGCAGGUCUACUAACUACGGACGCUGAKGACAGUGAGUAUGUCGUUAUGAUGGGAGAGAAAUCGCUCACGGACGAUGAAAAAGUCGAGAGCAAGUCGCGGAAAGAGUCCAAGAAAGCUUCAGUGAAGGACACUUUGAGAAGAAUCCCGGAAAAUAUCGCCAAAUCGAAAAUUAAGUUUUUCCAGGACAGAMACAAGUCUCAUAAAGAAUUGAGUAAAGCAACUGACGAGCGUUCGCAUUACGAUGUUCCUAAAAGUGUAAAAUAAGUAUUUGUAGUCCCCCCUACCCCCCACACACACCAUGGUGGACCUGGGACUCGACUUCGAUUACCGGCAACGAGUGCGGUGAUGGGCCCUUUUCCCCUUUGUUUGCAUAUGGAAACGAACGUACCAUACGAAGCCAUAACUAAAUAAAGUUGUAUAUAUUUACAUUUUUAUCGGAUCAAGUUUUUAUACAUUUUAAAGUUAGAACUAUUUCAGUAGUAAAUACUAAAAAAUGUUGCGGCAAUUUAGUGUUUGUACUCGAUCUAUUGACGUUUUUCUAUACUCAACGUGUAAAUACCAUUAUAGUAUUAAAUUAUGAUUAUUGUACAAAAUAACAUUAUGUGAUUAUCAGUUACAUAAAAAGUAAAAAAAAUAACUGUGUUUGUCUAGUA